CAUCUCUACCACAAGUUGCCCACGAUAGUGCCUGAAAGCUGUCUUCUUAUCCUGGUUGGACUUCUCCUAGGUGGGAUUAUUUUUGGAGUAGAUGAAAAGUCGCCACCUGCAAUGAAGACCGAUGUAUUUUUCUUGUAUCUCCUUCCACCCAUUGUACUCGAUGCGGGCUAUUUCAUGCCAACUCGUCCUUUCUUUGAGAAUAUCGGCACCAUUUUCUGGUAUGCUGUGGUAGGGACGCUUUGGAAUUCCAUUGGCAUUGGAGUGUCUUUGUUUGGUAUCUGCCAGAUUGAAGCAUUUGGCCUGAGUGACAUCACUCUGCUCCAGAAUCUGCUCUUUGGCAGCUUGAUCUCAGCUGUAGACCCCGUGGCUGUGCUCGCUGUCUUCGAGAACAUUCACGUCAAUGAGCAGCUGUACAUCCUGGUCUUUGGCGAGUCACUGCUGAAUGAUGCAGUAACAGUGGUCCUGUACAACUUGUUCAAGUCUUUUUGCCAGAUGAAGACCAUUGAGACCAUUGACGUGUUUGCUGGAAUUGCUAAUUUCUUUGUCGUGGGAAUUGGUGGGGUGUUGAUUGGCGUCUUCCUGGGAUUUAUAGCAGCAUUUACUACUCGGUUCACACACAAUAUCCGGGUGAUUGAGCCACUCUUUGUCUUCCUGUACAGUUAUCUGUCCUAUAUAACAGCUGAGAUGUUUCACCUCUCAGGCAUCAUGGCAAUCACAGCUUGUGCAAUGACUAUGAAUAAGUAUGUGGAAGAAAAUGUGUCUCAAAAAUCAUACACGACUAUCAAGUAUUUCAUGAAGAUGCUAAGCAGUGUCAGCGAGACCCUGAUCUUCAUCUUCAUGGGUGUGUCCACUGUUGGAAAGAACCACGAGUGGAACUGGGCCUUUGUCUGCUUCACCCUGGCCUUCUGUCUGAUCUGGCGAGCAUUGGGUGUCUUUGUCCUGACUCAGGUCAUUAACUGGUUCCGUACAAUUCCCCUGACCUUUAAGGAUCAGUUCAUCAUUGCCUAUGGAGGACUCCGAGGUGCCAUCUGUUUUGCAUUAGUGUUUCUCCUUCCUGCUGCUGUGUUUCCCCGGAAGAAGCUGUUCAUUACGGCUGCAAUUGUGGUCAUAUUCUUUACUGUCUUCAUCCUGGGUAUAACUAUUCGGCCACUAGUGGAAUUUCUUGAUGUUAAGAGGUCAAACAAGAAACAGCAAGCUGUCAGUGAAGAAAUCCAUUGUCGGUUUUUUGAUCAUGUGAAGACUGGGAUUGAAGAUGUGUGUGGACAUUGGGGUCACAACUUUUGGAGAGACAAGUUUAAGAAGUUUGAUGAUAAGUAUCUGCGGAAGCUUUUGAUUCGGGAAAACCAGCCUAAGUCAAGCAUUGUGUCCUUAUAUAAAAAGCUUGAAAUCAAACAUGCCAUUGAGAUGGCAGAGACUGGAAUGAUAUGUACCACCCCUUCUUUUGCAUCUCUCAAUGACUGUCGUGAAGAAAAAAUAAGAAAGCUCACACCUGGUGAAAUGGAUGAAAUUCGAGAAAUAUUAUCAAGAAAUCUCUAUCAAAUCCGUCAGCGAACUUUGUCGUACAACAGGCACAAUCUAACUGCAGACACGAGUGAGCGACAAGCCAAAGAGAUCCUGAUCCGCCGACGGCACAGCUUGAGGGAAAGCAUCAGGAAAGACCACAGCCUAGGCCGAGAUCGCGGGGCUUCUACAGCAACCUCCCGAUAUUUAUCUUUGCCUAAAAAUACAAAGCUUCCGGAAAAGCUACAAAAGAAAAAUAAUUUUUCUAAUACAGAUGGCAACAGCAGUGACUCAGACACAGGUGACGGGACCACCGUGCUCAAUUUGCAACCCCGAGCCAGGCGCUUUUUGACAGAACAGUUCUCAAAGAAAGCCCAGCAGGCCUACAAAGUGGAAUAUAAGAACGAGGUAGAAGGAGAUUCCAGCAGAGGGCAGCCGGGCAACACCUCGGCUCCCCACAGCAAAGGGGGGGACACCCGGACCCCAGGCCUACUACGGCAGCCCCUUCUCGCCAAAGGCCAGAUUGGCCCAGUGCGCCAAGAAAGCUUGACUGAAGGUAUACGACCUAAGCCACCACCAAGGCUGGUCCGGAGGGCAUCGGAACCUGGAAAUCGGAAAGCCAGAUUCGGAAGUGAUAAGUCUUAACAGAAACGGCUGAAGCAGACCUGGAGAGAUGAACCCAGCACACCCACAGUUUAUUUCUCUGAAACCUGACAAUAAUGGAAUCCAUUUUAAACUUUCUAUGGCUCCUUCUUUGGGUGGUAGAGCCAUGCCACUGAUCAAUGGGAUGAAUCUCGAGAAGAGGAAAAUCAAAGAAAAAAAGUCCCAUAAAGUAGCUUUUAUGACUUGUUACUAGCAACUGUAUUCUUUGCAGGCCUAAAGGGGGAAAAAAAAAAAAAAAGUGUGCCUUUAUUGAACUUUAACGACAGAACUUGAAAUUUUUAACAUACCCUGUUGAUGAAAAUUUUAAUAUAUACAUAUAUGUCUCAAAUUUUAUUUAUGUAAACACAUGUAUGUCUGUACUCAGUUUUUAAGUGAUCGGCACUAAAAAUAUUCACAGCAUCUUUCCAAGAGUUAAAGGGCAGCUCCUGGAGGGUGGUGGGUCCAUCAGCUCAGGGUAGGGGAGUUUCCCGUCCUGAAGAAGAGUAGUUGGUAAAGGAAGACCACAGCACAUAGCAGAGAAAUCCAAUGAAUCAGAUAGGAAGACAAUCACAACGCCUAGGCAGAUAAAGCACCCGGGUCCCCCAGCACAAGUUAGAGGCCCAGUAUGCCUGUGAAAUGUAAGUCAGUUGGUUCUCAAUUUGUUCCUCUGUCU